AUGAAGAACCAGAACCAGAACCAGAACCAGAACCAAAAUCCUUUUGCUGCUGCUGUCAAGCACAUUAAUGGCCGAUUGCCCCUAGUUAAUCUCCUUUCUUGGUUUUUCUUCUCUGUCUGCGGCUUAACUUUCGGUAUAAUCCUUUGUUUUCAUUACAAAAGCUUCUCAUUCAAUCUCCAACUCACCAAUGGACAAUUCUCCAUUUUUACUUCACAAUCAACAUUGCCAUUACCCACUGAUAAGAUUACUUCAAAUACAAGCCAUGUUGGGUCGAAAGAAUAUCUAGAACAGCCUUAUAACGUUGCGCAUAACAUGACUGACGAAGAAUUGCUAUGGAGAGCCUCGAUGACUCCUAGAAUUCAAGAAUUUCCUUUUCCUUACAACUCGAAAAUUGCCUUCAUGUUCUUGACAAGAGGGCCGGUUCUAUUAUCGCCUCUUUGGGAGAAGUUCUUCGAAGGAAAUGAAGGACUCUACUCAAUCUAUGUGCAUUCAGACCCUUCUUUCAAUGAAUCUGAACCUGAAUCUUCUGUCUUCCAUGGCAGAAGAAUCCCUAGUAAGAAAGUUGAAUGGGGGCAAGCUAACAUGAUUGAAGCCGAACGUAGACUACUUGCCAAUGCUCUUCUUGACUUCUCGAACCGACGUUUUGUUCUCCUCUCCGAAGCAUGCAUUCCCCUGUAUAACUUUUCUACCAUCUACUCAUACCUAAUGAAUUCUACCCAGAAUUUUGUCGAGGCAUAUGAUCUACCGGGUCCGGUAGGACGAGGCAGGUACAAAAGUCAAAUGAACCCAAUGAUCAAACUCCAACAAUGGAGAAAAGGCUCCCAAUGGUUUGAGAUAGAUAGAGAUCUUGCAAUUGAAGUCGUCUCAGACAGAAAAUAUUUUCCUGUAUAUCAAAAUUAUUGCAAGGGUUCUUGUUAUGCUGAUGAACAUUAUUUGCCAACAAUUGUAAGUAUGAGAUUUGGGCAGAGGAAUUCCAAUAGAAGUUUGACUUGGGUCGACUGGUCGAAAGGCGGGCCCCACCCGGCAAAGUUUGUAAGAACACACGUUACUCCAGAGUUUUUGGAGAAGUUGAGAAAUGGGAGCAAAUGUGAGUACAAUGGGAAGAAAACCAGUGUUUGUUUCUUGUUUGCAAGGAAAUUCACGCCCGAUGCUUUGCAUAGAUUAUUGAGGAUUGCACCGAAACUUAUGCACUUCAAUAUGUAG